AUGGCACCUACCGCCCCCGCCCACUCUCCCGCGAAGCUUCUCCGUCUCUUCCUCACGACAACGCUCGACAAGAUCGUACCGCUCACACAGAAGGGAGUCGAGUCCGGGAGCAAGGUCUUUGGCGCGGCAGUGUUUGAGAAGGAGUCGUUGGAAGUCGUGACGGUUGGAACGAACCACGAGACGGAGUCGCCGUUGUUGCAUGGCGAGAUCCAGACGAUCCAGCAGUUCUACGCCAUCGACCGCUCGACCCGACCCGACGCAAAGAACUGCAUCUUCUUCUCAACCCACGAGCCUUGCUCUCUCUGUCUGUCCGGCAUCACUUGGGGAGGAUUUGAUACGUUCUACUACCUCUUCACUUAUGAGGACACCCGCGACGCGUUCUCGAUCCCGUACGACAUCGACAUCCUCAAAGAAGUCUUCCAAGUCCCCUGCGGCGCCUGUUCCUCCCCUCCUUCCUCCUCUCAACCCCUCUACAACCGCACAAACAAGUUCUUCACCUCCUCUCCCCUCUCAACACUCCUGUCGCAGAUCCCAGCGGGCGCAGAAAAGGACGAGUUGGUCGCGUUGUGGGAGAAAGUGAGGGGCGAGUAUGGGAGGAUUAGUGGGGUUUAUCAGGAGGGGAAGGGGGAGAAGGGGAUUCCGUUGGCGUAG